CUGUGGGUUGUCUGAGUGAGCUGCUUUCUCUUUGUCUGAAUACACGGUCGAGCACAGGUGGUCUGCAUGAGAUUUGCGAGUUUCCAGGUUCAGGGGGAUUACAGGGGGUCGGAGUGUGUGGCUUUCCAGGAGUCGUGCGUGGUGUGGAUGUGUGUGUGUGAGAGUGUGUCGAUGUGUAUGAGGUUGUAAGUUGUCAGUUGGAAGGUCUAAUGGCGGUCUGUGUGUCGGCCUUCCUCUUGGCAUGUGCUGUGGUGUGUGUGUUGGGUCAGUCGUGCCAGUCUGACCAGUUUGAGUGUGUGAGCGGAGAGUGUGUGUUGGAGAAGUAUGUGUGCGACUUCAGUGAAGACUGUCAGGAUGGAAGCGAUGAAAAAAAUUGUACGUAUUUUGAGAGGUGUGACUUUGAGGAUGGACUUUGUGGUCUUCAAGCAAGAUCCUUAGAUCACAUCUGGACUCCAGGCUCAUGUGAGACUGGUCCUGGACCUGCCUUAGACCAUAACAGCAAUCCUGCAGGACACUUCCUGUACAUGCACUCUGAAAAUGGAAAGAUAGUCACUGCAUCAAUAUCUAGUCCAUCAUUUCAGCCUACAGAAUCCUGCAGGAUGACAUUUUGCCAUCAUAUUGGGCAGCUGGGUGGGGAGCUGAAGGUCUUGAUUGAGUCUAUACCUUCAGGACAGCAGACGCAAAUCUGGAUUGAGACCAAACCAAAUUCUGAACCACCCAAAUAUUCCUGGAGUAGAUCAUCAGUCACAUUUAGUCACAGUGAGGAGUUUCAGGUUGUGAUUCUUGGACUGAUCUUUGACAGCAGCAGUUCUACUGCCGUUAUUGCCUUUGAUGAUCUGUCCUUCAGCCAAGGCUGUGUGCUGAGUUCAGUGGGAAUGUUUCCCCCCUCUUUACGUCCUUCUCAGUUUGACUGUGGGGCAGGAGUGUGUGUGGAUGCAGAGAAAGUGUGUGACUUCACUCUGGACUGCCCACAUGGAGAAGAUGAGGCUGACUGUCCUGCACAGUGUGACUUUGAGACGGACUCAUGUGGUUGGCAGGAGUUCGCUCCAAGAGAUGAUUUUGACUGGACCAGAAGCUCACCUGUGGAAGUCCCCGCAAACGUCCAACAUCAGGCACCUCCCAAUGACCACUCUACCAACAGCAGCAGUGGCCAUUUUAUGUUUGUCCUGAGGUACAGCAGCAGUUUUUCUCAGCGCGCUUUACUUCGUAGCCCCACAUUCCAGCAAUCAGGCUCCAACUGUACCAUGACCUUCUGGCAUUACAACGCUGGUCUGUCUGUUGGUACUACCAGCAUGAAUCUCCGAGUUGAGAGCACAGACAACCGCACUGUCCUGUGGCAGACAUUCUAUCACCAAGGAAACCUCUGGCUGCCAGUGACAGUGCAGAUUGGCCGGCAGACCAGUCCCUUCCAGAUAUCGGUGUCCAAGUUGAGUCUGGGUGUGUACGAUGGCAUCUCAGCCCUGGAUGACAUUACUUUUCAUAACUGCUCGCUGCCAGCAGCUAUGGACGAGUGUCCCUCUCCUGACCACUUCCACUGUAAGCGCAGCCGAGCGUGUGUGGAGCGCCUCCAGGUCUGCGACCUUGUGGAUGACUGUGGAGAUGGAACGGAUGAAGAAAACUGCUCCUCAGAGCUGAUGUGCGAUUUUGAAGAAGGAUUAUGUAGCUGGACUCAGGAUGAAGGAGGAGACAUCUUUGACUGGAGCCUCAUCCAGGGCCCCACGCCCUCUCCCAAAACAGGCCCCUAUAAGGACCACACGUUGGGCAGUGUGAACGGACAUUACCUGUACAUCGAGUCCUCCGCUCCUCAAGAGUUUAAAGACACGGCUGUCCUCAUCAGCCGACCCUUCCAGCCCACUGCCCUCGGAGAUCAUGACGCUGGGCCUCCGUGUGUCUUCCGCUUCCACUACCACAUGCUGGGCAGACACGUUUUCCGGCUUGCCGUCUACCUCCGCACCAAGAGUGGGGGGCGGGGCCAGAUGCUGUGGGUUCGCUAUGGCGAACAGGGCAACCUUUGGCACAGAAAGACGCUGUACCUCAACAGUGCACGACCAUUCCAGAUUCUAGUGGAGGGCACAGUAGGAGAUGACUUUAUGGGAGAUAUUGCCAUCGAUGACCUGUCCUUCUUGGGCUGUGAGCCAUAUGAAGGCACACUCCCAUCGGUGGAGUCCAGCACAGCAGCUCCUCCCCCUGCUCUUUCCCCAGCGACCCCUCACAGCUGUCCGUUGGGCCAGUUUGUGUGCGGGGCUUACGGAGAGUGUGUAAGCCAGAGUCAGGUGUGUGAUUUCAGACUGGACUGCUCUGAUGGCUCUGAUGAAAAGAACUGUGUCAUGGAGCAGUGUGAUUUUGAGGGUGGAGUUUUAUGUGGGUGGGAUCUGGAAAGCCCUGCCCCUCCGGUGCCACUCCAUACUUUCCGCUGGCAAACAGGACAGGGGGAAACUAUGCACUACGGAGAGCAAUUUCAUCGGCCUGCUAAUGACCAUACACUUGGCACUGUAGAAGGUUGGUAUAUGUAUGCGGACAGCUCUAAUGGAGGAUAUGGCCACACUUUUGAUCUCUUGACUCCGCUUAUCACUGCCACUGGGCCCCAGUGCACCAUGGAGUUCUGGUACUACAUGAGUGGCUUCACUGUGGGAACACUACAGGUUUUUAUCAAGUCUGCUAAUGUCACACAUGAGAUGUGGUCCAUAACUGGUAACCAAGGCAGCCGCUGGAUGCGUGGCAAGGUGUUCAUAGGAAUUCGACACAAUUUCCAGGUGAUCCUGCGUGCUAAGCGAGGUGUUAGCUACAUGGGUGAUGUGGUGGUUGAUGAUGUUGCCUUUAUAGACUGUGCCCCUCCCAUCAUCUCUGGUCUUCCCUGCCAAAAGGACGAGUUUGCUUGUGCUAAUGGUCACUGCAUCCCUCAGGGGAACCUUUGUGACUUUAUUGACCACUGUGGAGAUGCCUCAGAUGAGAACCACUACAUCUGCAAGGGCAUAAGUGACCAAUGCAAUUUUGAAUUUGAUCUUUGCUCCUGGAGACAGCUGAAGACUGACAAUUUUGAUUGGAAAAUGAAAACAGGAAGAACUUCCACUUAUGGUACUGGCCCAUCCACUGACCACACGCUGCGCAACUCAUCAGGACACUACCUGUACCUGGAGAACUCCUUUCCCCAGCAUGUAGGAGAUAUAGCUCGAAUCUCCGGACCAAUUUUCAGCCACCGCAGCAGGGAGUGCAAGAUGGUGUUUUACCUCCACAUGUCUGGAGAGGGCUGUGGUACUUUAAGUGUGUAUCUGACCACAAUGUUCUCCCACUCCCUCCUGCUUGACCUCAGUGUCAUCAAGGGCAACUAUUGGAUACGACAGGAAGUGCCCCUGUCCUCUACUGAGCAUUUCCAGAUCAUGAUUGAGGGCAAGGUGGGCCGGAACAGAAGAGGUGACAUCUGCCUUGAUGACAUCACUUUCUCACCCGGCUGUCUCCUUAGCAACAAUCCCAUGCCAGACUUGCCCCCUCCUCUACCCUUUGGCUCCUGUCCACAAGGCUUACUUCGCUGUGAAAAUGGUGGCUGUUUUAAACCCGAGCAGUCUUGUGAUUUUAUUGAUAACUGUGGGGAUAACUCUGAUGAAAAGGAGUGUGGGACGUCUUGCUCGUUUGAAAACGGACGCUGUGGCUGGAAGAGUUCUCCAACAGACAAAUUUACUUGGAUGUUGGGUACAGGCUCAGCCCAUAGCAUCAGACCACCACAUGAUCACACGCUGAUGGAUGAAAAUGGUCACUUUGUGUAUAUAUCGGCCACUCCAAUAGGUUUAAAGGGGGAUAAAGCUCAUAUGAGGAGUUCUGUAUGGAAAGAGUCCAGUGCCACCUGUAAACUGAGGUUCUGGUACUUCAUUUCCCACAAGGCAACAGGAGCCAUCCGGCUCUUCUUAAAGACAGAGAAUGAGCUGAGGGAGGUGUGGAUGGAGGAGAGGAUGAUACACGAGUGGAGGAGAGCGGAGGUGCCUCUGAGGAACCUGAGGAACUUUGAGCUGAUCUUUGAGGCGGUGAGGGCCAAAGACGUGAGUGGCGGAGCGGCUCUGGAUGACCUGGAGUUUAUUGACUGCGCCCGCAGUGUCAUCCACCCUGGCUCCUGCCCUGCAGCUACAGAUUUUGUGUGUAACAACGGAGAUUGUAUCGAUUCCAGUCUAGUGUGUGAUAAUAAGGGCGAUUGUGCUGAUAGGUCUGACGAACUGGACUGCACUGGCCUGGUAGGAGCCUGUAACUUUAACAUGCCUGAGGACCAGUGGGAGCAGGAGUGCCAGCUGCAGCAGGACCAGAAUGAUACUUUUGACUGGCAGAUCGGUCGAGGUCAGAUGAGUCAAGGAACUGGACCCUCUGCUGACCACAGCCCUGACGGGUCAGGGGGAUACCUGUAUGUGAACUCGGCCGUGCAGCGAGAGGGGGACGUUGCCAGGGUAACCACCCAGCAGGAGUUUCCCACCAGCAUUGGUGUGUGCCAUCUGCGAUUCUGGUUCCACAUGUACGGCUCUAAACGCAUGGGUACACUGAAGGUGUACACAGAGGGUACAAGCGGUGUUCCCUUGCUGAUGUGGGCGGCCAGCGGUAACCAUGGAUGCAGCUGGCGCUAUGCUAACGUGGUCCUGUCCAACCCGUUGCCCUUCAGAGUGACCUUUCAGGCAGAGGUGGGAGGGGACCAGCAGACAGACAUCGCCUUGGAUGACCUUUCCUUCACCCAGUCAUGCACCAUAGGAGCCCCUGUCACCUCCAUCCCGCCAACAUGUGACCCGGGAUACUUCCAGUGUGUGUACCUGUUGGAGUGUGUGCCACUGAGCUGGCGUUGUGACGGCGAGGUGGACUGUGUGGACCGCUCGGAUGAGGAGGAGUGUGUGAGUGUGGUGCCGGGGACUGUGCCCCCCCAGACUGGCUGUGAGGACAGACAGUUCCGCUGCACCAAUGGCACCUGCAUCCCCUCACUGCUGCGCUGUGAUAGUGUACCAGACUGCCCUCACGGAGAGGAUGAAUAUGGAUGCCCUGUUAUGCAGUGUGGGUAUGGAGCGUUGGUGUGUGAGAGCACUGUUGGCUGUUUACCGCAACACAGGCGAUGUGAUGGUACUGUAGACUGCCCUCCCUUUAACCCUGACGAGUCCAGCUGCUAUGAGUGCCCUUUCGCUUACUGCCUCAAUGCUGGAACGUGUGUAGUAGGAAACCAUGGGCUUGGGUGCAUCUGUCGAUCAGGAUGGACCGGCAGCCGUUGCCAUGUGCAACAAAAGCCAGCCCCGCCCACUCCUUCUGAUGUGAUUCCUGUGAUUCCAGACACUGAACUAGUGGCAGUGUACGCUGGUGUGGGUAUAGCAGUGAUCCUACUGGCUAUUGCAGUUGCUGUCACAAUACUCUUCUUCCUACAAAGAAAAUACACAGCUAAAGGUUCCAGCUUAAUUGCCAAUGAGGAAAUGGACAAUUCUGGUCACUGGGGAGCAGAGUUUCCAGAUGUGAAAGCCAGAGCCUUUAAGUCCAGUUGGAGUAAAUUUCCCAAGCUUGCCAUCAGUGUUUAUCCAUGGAGAGAUGAACUAGAGUGUCCUGCCAAACCGUCUUUCUCCAACCCACUCUAUGAGGAAAGCAGAAGCUCUGAGGCCUGAGGAUACACACAUGCACAGAAAAAAACUCACACAAUGGCACUACAUGCCCUUGUGGAUAUACUUUCCAUGUAAUCUAAAUCUUCUUGGCUGCAUGACUGUACUUGUACAGUGUCCAAAACCUGUAAACAACAAAAAAAGGAAAGAUCUAUGAAUAUUUAAUUUCUUUAACUCUCAUGGGAAAACACUGAGAGCAACUGCAAAUUAUCAGCUUAUUACUCAACAUUUUAUUGCCUACAUUCAAGCCUUUGGAGAGAAGAGAGUUGCCAUGUUAAGUACUAGGCUUAUAUAAGUCCAUAAUUCUUCAACAAAGAUUAUAAAUCUUCUGUUUAUUUUCUUCUGUGUUUAACAUGUGUGGUUUUCAUAUUAUUCAUAUAACAGACUCGGUUACGCUCUACUGCAAAACAUGGGUUUCAUUUCAGAUCUAAAUCAUUUUCUGUUGAACACCAAUAAAAGUGGACCUGCCACCAAAUCCAGUA